AUGAAUUUAAUGGAAUCAAUUGAAGAGUGUAAUUUAUUUGUAUUAAAUAAUGGUUCCCCAACACUUGUGUUUAAAAACACUAAAACUGUAGUUGAUGUUACAGUGUGCUCUUCUGAAAUAUUUCAUUUAAUAACAUGGAAAGUAAUAGAGGAAAACUUAGGCUCUGAUCAUUAUCCUAUUUAUUUUUAUUUGGAUAUAGUGAGAAGUAACAUGAUAUUGAUUCCCAAUAGAAAAUGGAAUUGUGGUAAAGCUGAUUGGCAAAAAUAUAAAAUAAUGAUUGAACAUGAAAUCUUAUCAUUGGGCAAUCAUUUAGAUAGUAACAUUUAUGAAAAAUUCACAAAUAUUAUAAAUCAAACUGCGGAAAAAUGUAUACCAAUAAAUAAAAUGUUAACAACAUCUCAAGUGAGGAAAGCAGUGUGGUGGGAUGAAGAAUGUUUUAAACUGGUAGAAGAACGGAGAAAAGCAGAAAAUAACUUUAGAAGAAAUUCGAGUUUAGAAAAUUUUCUUCAGUGUAAUAAAAUUAAAGCUAAAGUUCGGAAAGAACUAAAAAUAAAGAAAAGAAAAAGUUGGUGUAAAUUUGUCAACAAUCUAAAUCCUAAUACCCCAUCUAAAAUUAUUUUCAAAAUGGUUAAAUCAAUGAACAAUUAUAUUUCACAGAAUGAGAAGAAUUCAGAAUUGAUUAUUGAUAAAGUAGUGGAAGAAGUAGUUGAUAAUAUUGCGCCCUUUGGAGUGGGUGAUGAUAUUUGUAAAUAUCUUAAAGGAAAUAGAGUAACAGGUUCGGUAGAAAAGUCAUUAAUUAGACCAUUUUCAUUAUGGGAAUUAGAAAAAUCUUGGAGCAAAAUCAAAGAUACUGCUCCAGGAUUAGACAACAUUCAUUAUUCUAUGUUAAAAAACCUUCCACAGUCCGGAAAAGAAAUUCUACUCAAAAUUAUUAAUAAGUAUUGGCUGUCACCGAAUGAAAUUCCUGAUUGGAAUAAAUUUAGAGUUAUUUUAAUUAAAAAGAAGAGCAAUAAUUCUGAGGAUAGCAAUGCAUAUAGACCAAUUACUUUGGCGUCAUACAUACAUCUAGCCUUUUCAAGAAACACUUAUGUCGUUGCACUGUUUUGCGAUAUAAAGGGUGCAUACGAUAAUGUGGUGCCGGGAAAAUUAGCAGAAAGUCUUGUACAUGCUGGCUUACCAGAAAAAUUGAUCAAAGCUAUGGUAUAUACUACCUUUAAUAGAGAAAUAGAAGUUAAAAUAAAUGAAAAUGCAAGGAUUGGAAGAGUUCUUCGACAGGGUCUACCUCAAGGAGCUAUCCUUAGUCCUUCAUUAUAUGCUCUAUAUGUACGGGAUAUAGAAGGUAUAUGGUUGGAAGAUAAUUUGAAAGAGGCCAUCGAUAUGAUGUCUAUGAAUAUGGAAUUGCUGCAUAUUUGGUUGAAUGAGAAAGGUCUGGAACUAUCAGAUGAUAAAAGCUCCAUAGGAAUAUUUACGAGGCAUUCCAACAAAAAGUUAUCAGCUUGUAUUUCAAGUCCAUAUAAUACAAUUAAAAUUCAUUGCAACAAUAAAUUCCUAGAUGCAGAAGUUAUAUUAACGGAUGGAUCGAAGGAUAUGGACAAUGUAGGUUUUGCUAUAUAUAAAGAAACCGAUCAAACAAGUGAAUGUUACAAGUUACCAGGGUGUGUUUCUGUCUAUACAGCGGAGUUAUUUGCAAUUAAGGAGGCCAUAAGAAAAGCUAAAUAA